GGAUGAGUAGGGGAGACUAGUCAUUGAGACAUGUAGGAGAUAGGAGACUUCCAGAACCUACUCCGAGCUUCGAGUCCCCACAAAACCGCUCCACGCGAAAAAAACCAACAUUUCAAAUACCGGAGAAGGCAACCUAAAGCUGUGACAUUGUGAUCCUCCCCUCUCUCUCUCUCUCUCUCGUUCAUCCUCCCUUUCGCAGUCUCGCUCUGAAAGAUGUCUGCGUAUCAAUGGAAGAGCUUUUACGAGGAUGAAGAUCGGCCGGAGAAACCUCGGAGGUAUGGAGUCACAGAGAUGAGAGGCCCCAAUUACACUAUUUUGAGCCAAAAUGUUCUCCAGGAAAUUUUAGAGUCAAUGGGACAGUUUGUUGAUGGGUUGAAGUUCUCAGGGGGCUCUGACAGUCUGAUGCCAAAGCAAUUUAUCAAAGAAAUAACUGACAUGGCCCACAGACAUGAUGUCUAUGUCAGUACAGGUGACUGGGCUGAACAUUUGCUUCGCAAAGGACCAUCCAGCUUUAAACAAUAUCUCGAGGAAUGUAAGAAUCUGGGGUUUGACACAAUUGAGCUGAAUGUUGGUACACUUAAAGUUCCAGAAGAUGCUCUGUUGAGAUUUGUACGCAUGAUAAAGAGUGGUGGUUUGAAAGCCAAGCCUCAGUUUGCUAUUAAGUUUGACGAGUCUGACAUCCCAAGUUUUGGGGAUAGAGCAUUUGGGGCAUAUGUAGCUCCAGUUCCCCGAACAUUUGAAACUGUUGAAGAUGUGGACUUGUUGAUCAGAAGGGCCGAGAGAUGUUUGGAAGCUGGAGCAGACAUGAUCAUGAUAGAUGCAGAUGAUGUGUGUAAACAUGCUGAUUCUCUGCGUGCAGACAUUGUUGCAAAGAUCAUUGGGCGCCUGGGACUCGAGAGGACUAUGUUUGAAGUAUCAAACCCCAAAGCCUCAGAGUGGUUUAUUAAAUGUUAUGGACCAAGAGUGAAUCUAUUUGUGGAUCAUUCCCAGGUGAUGGAUUUGGAGUGCCUUCGAGGACGAAGCUUGGGUGAAAACCACAUGUCAGUUCUAGGUCCCUCAUAUUUUCUGUUCUGAAAUGGCACUAUAUCUGUAUGUAUCUGUUUAAACUAGAAAUUGGUUGUUUACCCUGAUAUUUGUUAAUAUCAUGUAUCUUUGUACUCUUUUAACGGAUUAAUAAACCAUACUAGAAGUUUGCCCCAUUACUUAAUGGUGCAACUUGUAUUAAAAAGGUAGUGUCUAGUGCAUGAGGCAGCCCUUACCCCCAUUCUGCGGAGAGGCUGUUUCCUGAUUCAAGCCUGCGACCAUCAGCUUGUGGUAGAGCUACCUUGCUGUUGCAACUUGUAUUGCUUCAUGUUUUUAUAAAAAUCUUCAUCUAUAUAUUGUACUA